AUGUCCGUUAGAUCCGAAUAUCUCAUAGCAGAGGAUCUAGAAGAAGAAAUUUCGUGCCGAUUUUAUGUGCCUGGUGGACAGAAAAGCGGACCUUUGUAUGGACAGUAUUUCCAAGAUGAUGCGUUGGGUAGUAUAGAUAUCGAGCAACUCGAUCAGGAAAGGGGUCGGUAUAAGUCUAUUGCUGUAGUUUGGAGAAAGUGGGGACCCCCUCUAGAGGAUCUGGGAACGGAAGAACGGAAACAUGAACCUCCUCUACGGAAAUUGACAACGGAAAAAUGGAAGCGUAAUAAUAUCGCUCUAAGGCAUAUCGUGGAGGAGAGACAGCUUUAUGUGCAAUCACUUCUGGAGUCUCACGGAAUUUCUGUGGGUAUGAAACACCGGGGACGAGAAUAA